GCCGCCGGUGCGGGAGCGGGAGCGGGAGCGGAGCGGGCCCCUCGCCGCCGCGCUGCUCUCCUGCCCCGGCCGCCAUGGGCUCCCUGCUCAGCCGGCGCAUCGCGGGCGUGGAGGACAUCGACAUCCAGGCCAACUCGGCCUACCGCUACCCGCCCAAGUCCGGAAACUACUUUGCAAGUCAUUUCUUUAUGGGAGGAGAGAAGUUUGACACCCCUCAUCCCGAGGGCUACCUUUUUGGUGAGAACAUGGAUCUGAACUUCCUCGGGAACAGACCUGUUCAGUUUCCCUAUGUAACUCCAGCUCCACAUGAGCCUGUGAAGACACUGAGGAGCUUGGUGAAUAUCCGCAAGGACUCUCUCCGUCUUGUCAGGUACAAAGAUGAUGUUGACAGUCCUACAGAGGAGAGCGGGAAGCAGAAGGUCCUGUACAGCCUGGAGUUCACGUUUGACGCCGAUGCCCGUGUUGCCAUCACCAUCUACUGCCAGGCUACAGAAGAGUUUGUUGGUGGCAUGGCAGUAUACAGCACAAAGAAUCCCUCUCUGCAGUCGGAGACGGUUCAUUACAAGAGAGGGGUGAGCCAGCAAUUCUCCCUGCCUUCCUUCAAGAUUGAUUUCUCAGACUGGAAGGAUGAUGAGCUGAAUUUUGACUUGGAUCGUGGGGUGUUCCCUGUGGUCAUCCGGGCGGUGGUGGAUGAAGGGGAUGUGGUGGUUGAGGUGACGGGUCAUGCCCAUGUUCUUCUGGCUGCAUUUGAAAAGCACGUUGAUGGCAGUUUUUCCGUGAAGCCCUUAAAACAGAAGCAGAUUGUUGACCGGGUGAGUUACCUGCUUCAGGAGAUCUACGGCAUCGAGAACAAAAACAACCAAGAGACCAAGCCUUCAGAUGAUGAGAACAGUGACAACAGCAACGAGUGUGUGGUUUGCCUGUCAGACCUGAGGGACACCCUGAUCCUGCCCUGCAGGCACCUCUGCCUCUGCAACUCCUGCGCCGACACCCUGCGCUACCAGGCCAACAACUGCCCCAUCUGCAGGCUCCCCUUCCGUGCCCUGCUGCAGAUCCGGGCUGUGAGGAAGAAGCCAGGAGCUCUGUCCCCCGUGUCCUUCAGCCCCGUCUUGGCGCAGAGCGUUGACCAUGACGAGCACUCUAGCUCUGACAACAUCCCUCCAGGCUACGAGCCCAUUUCCUUGCUGGAAGCACUGAAUGGCCUUCGCUCCGUUUCCCCCUCCAUCCCCUCAGCUCCUCUCUACGAUGAGAUCAACUACUCCGGGGUGGUGGAUGGGAUGCCCCCCACCAGCCGCCCCCUGGUGGGCAUGGACAGAGCCCUGGACAGCAGCCACCAAAAGGGCAAGAGGAGCAAGUCCCCAGAUAGCACCCUGCGCUCUCCCUCGUCCCCCAUCCACGAGGAGGAUGAAGAGAAGCUCUCCGAGGACUCCGACUCACAGCCAGCCCUGGGUGGUGCUGAGCUGGCCCUGAGAGAGACCAGCCCUCCAGAAAGUGUGGCUGAGGAGGAGACCGAGGAGGCCUCGUCCCUGCAGCAGGGGAGCCGCCCUCCCUCCGUCGAGGACGUGCUGCAGGACGGCGAGCACCGGAGCCUGGCGCAGGGGGAGCCCGACCCGCCGGUCGAUGUCUGCCUGCCAGGCUCAUCCGACUUCACCAAGAUGCUCCCUGGCCGUGGCACUGGCAGCCCCAUGCAGCCCCUCCUCUUCGAGCAGACACGUCUUCACCUGGAGGACGAGCAAAGCCUCUCGUGAGCGGGGCUGGACCCCCCCCCGGCCCUGCCACCGGACCCCCAGACCCCACACACACCAGCCUCUCCCCCUCACCGCCCCACAGCUCCAGCCCAGCCUUUUGGGGUUGGUGUUUGGUCGGGUUUUUUUUGCCUUUUUCGUGUUUUGUUUGUUUUUUUAAAGACGUGCAUGUUUCCUCGGCAGCGGGCGGGGGCUGGUGAUGUGUUUUUAUGGGGGGGGGGAGGGAGGGGCAAUUUUUGGGGUUAAAACCAACAGAUGAAGGACACUACCCUUGUAUAUUUUGUACACACCCAGCACAGCCCUUUGCUGUCACUGCCCCGGGUGGGACGGGGCUGAUUCCCAUUCCGGGGGGGGGGGCUU